AUGGCUUGUAAGUACCCUCAGUUUGAGCCUUACGGAGAUAAGCUGACCCGAUGGAUUGAAGAUGCCAAUGAACCCGGAUGCCCUAUUCCACUGUCUACAGUCAACUCAGGGAUUCUCCAACCGCCUACGUGGAAGAACGAGUAUGAAAGACAAUGGUUAUCACCCGAACAUAUUGCCUCACUAGUGGGUCUUGGGAUGCCAAUUGGAGAUCUAAUUCCCGAUACUCUAGAUCCCGUACCCCCGUCUUUCCGGCACUCAAUUAUCAAGACGAAAAACGGAAUCACGGCAUUGGUAGCGACGGUUAGACCUGGCGUGCUUUUUGUCUAUUCUAUGCGAAGACUCCAUGGGUCGAAUGAUCCUUAUAUAUCUCAGCUUAUUAAGAUUGCCUAUGAAACUCACUUUCAGUUGGGUAGUAUCAAGCAUAUUUUCAUAGGUGAGGUUCAAGAACAUGAAACUGAGCCGUUUAUUGAGGAAGAGGUCUAUCCAUCCCGUGAGGGGCUCGAUUAUCCGUCUCCAGAGACUCAGACCUGGGACUAUAAUUCACAUGAGUUUAGCGCCAUUAUGGGUACCCCUGUCGGUAAAGUCGUCGGAUUCUUUAUUCUAGGUGCGUAUGGUCAGGGUGUAAAGCGGAUUGCGCGGAUUGCUACGUUUCACACUGGUCUUGAUCUCCACAAACUACAUAUCCGUUUUGAUAUUGAUGAUGCUUAA